AGAUAUUGAAAUUGAUAAUUUUCAAAAUGAUAAUCAAAAUGAUAAUGCAAUUAAAUGGAUUAAAGAUGCUUUAGAUAAUGAAAAGGUUAAAUUUAUACCUUUUGAUCAAUUGGAAAAACCUAAACCCCUUAAUACUGGAGGUUUUGGUUGUAUUUUGAAAGCAAAUUGGAUUAAAACAGGAAAUUGUAUUGUUUAUAAAAAACUAACUAAUAUAGCAUCUAUUAAAGGUAGUAUACUAGAUGAUUUUAUACAUGAAUUAAAAAUAAAUUUACAAGUUGAUUAUUGUGAUCGAAUUGUUCGUUGUUUGGGUAUUAGUCAAGUAGACAUAUCAGAUGCGGAUAAAAUUAGUGAACAAACAGCACUUUCUCUUGCUAUUGUUCAAGGAACUCGUGAAGUCACUAUAGAUAAUACUCCUAAAGAUUAUGAAGAACUUUACCAACAUUGCUGGGAUUCAGAACCUGAAAAAAGACCGACUAUUAAAAUUAUAUUAGAAAAAAUUAAAAAAAAUGAGUAUUGA